GAGAGCUUGGAGCGGGUUCUGAUUGGACACGGGAUCAUCUGCGCACGUCACCGCCCGGACCAGGAAGUGCUCACUGUUGGCACCAGGAACGACGAGAAUCACAACAACAACAACAUCUGCAGCAGCAGUAGGCCAUCCGGGUGGCGGGGUGCCAGGAGCUGCGGGCAUCAAGGCGGCCGCUCACUACAUUUGGGUAACUGUUCACCAUGUUUCGAGGUCUAGGCAGCUGGCUGGGGCUGGACCCUGAACCGACCACCACCACCACUGCCGAGGAGAAGGAGCCGGGCAGAGAGGGGGAGCAGCCUGCAGACACCCAGCAUGGACAAGCCGGCAUAGAGCAGGGAGGCGAAGGAGAGCCGCAGGAACCCCAGCAAGAAGAGACGGAGGAUGUCCUACUGAGACAAGCCAAGGGGCUGGGCAGUGAGUGUCACAUCCUGACUGCAUGGCCUUGUGCUGGCUGGCAGUGCUUGUCCUUGUGCUGGCUGGUAGUGAUUGGCCUUGUGCUGGCUGACAGUGAUUGGCCUUGUGCUGGCUGGCAGUGAUUGGCCUUGUGCUGGCUGACAGUGAUUGGCCUUGUGCUGGCUGGCAGUGCUUGUCCUUGUGCUGGUUGGUAGUGAUUGGCCUUGUGCUGGCUGGUAGUGAUUGGCCUUGUGAUGGCUGGCAGUGAUUGGCCUUGUGCUGGCUGGCAGUGAUUGGCCUUGUGCUGGCAUAAAGUGUCAAUAGUUACAAAAUCCUUCCUGAGCAAGAACGAACUCUGCAAUGAGGGAAGCUUUGAAGAUGAAUGUCUCUUAUUUUUUAUUUUUCAUAAUGCAUUACAAAUAGGGGGUAAUUCUUACUCUAACAUUUCCCUUUUAAUAUGAAUAACACUUUGAUUUUUCUGCUCAUUGAUGUACACUAAGAGAUUUUGGGUUCCUCUUGAUGAAAAUGAAGAUAGAAAAAAGAAUAUAUAUAUGAUAUAAUUUGCAUUCCCAAAGACAGAUCCUCCACUGUUGUAGGAUUUGCAGAAUAACCGUCAAAAAAAGAUCCUUUACUUACCUGAAAUCCUUUGUCUGCAAAGUUCCUUCCCCCCAUCUUUUUUCAGCAUGCAAUAAACAUAUACAUAAAUUUGUAAUAAUUUUUAUGCACAGAGUUUACAUAGGCAGCCCGGAACAGAGUUCCAGGCUGCCAAUGUCAUGUGUACUGGGAUGCAACUAUCCUCCAGCACACAAGUGCAGAAAACUUCGUAUGUGCAGUGUUUCACGCUGAAACACUGCACAUAAAUUCUCCUACCACCAUCAGCACUUCCAAUCACUAAAGUUGUCAUGGUGGUUGGAGUAUCCUUUUAAAUUCGCAGUGCCUCAAGGAAGUUUAGAUCUGCAAAAGUUGUGAAUCUACCUUUGCUUAUCGGUGUCCUCGUAUAUUAAAAUAAUUAUAUGGUUUAAUGCAUUGUGCAGCAGUUUUUAAAACGCAAACUUAACAAUCUGUUUUGUUCUUAUCUGUAAAGGUUAUCUUAUGAGUUUUGCAUCAGUUGCUACAAAAAAGAUAACAGAAUCCGUAACUGAAACUGCCCAUACUAUCAAGAAGUCAGUUGAAGAAGGCAAAAUUGAUGGUAUUAUUGACAAGGUAUGUUCUUUUCUCUUGGGAGGGUGCGUUGGAGUAAAAUGACAUGUUAAUAUCUUUUUAUUUCUCUUUAUUGGGUUGAUUAUUUUCAUCAAAUGUUUUACGAAUUCUGUGAAAUUAUGUAUAACAUAAAUUAUUGAUUUAUUCUGUUUUAAAAUGUAUUGUUAGAAAUGUGAAGUUUAAGUAUUGUGAGAAUUGUAGUUUACAACUAUUGGAUGUGUGUAUAUAGACUGAUACAUUUCAUGUAACCACAUAUAAAAAUAUAAAUUUGUAUCUGCCUCUCUAAACAAUUAUUCUUGCCUUUUUUGUACUUUGCUUGUUAUACAGUAAUUGUCAAGUAAAUUAAUGCAGCAAUUGAAAUAAACAUUUUAUUAGAAAGUAAAAGUUGAAAUAAAGAAGGAUCUCUCCUUUGGUUAAUCUAAAACAAUAGGGAAAUACCCAAAACGUUAUACACUGUGUUUAAAAAAAAAAUAAAAAAAAAAAAUGCUCUACUUUAAAAUCUGUGCGAAAGAAUGUCUGCAAAUACAAGCAGACCUCUCAAACCUUGUAUUGUGAUCGAUGAGAUUCUUUUUUUUUUUUUUUUAUCUCCAUAAACUCCUACCCAGUUGUGAUUUAUGAAAUAAAUGAUUUAUUGCAGCUGCUUUCUAAACUGUUAACAAUUUUAAAAACUGUUUACACACAGCCCUAUUUACAGUUUCAGAGUGAAAACAACCCAAUUCCUGUGUUAGAUACAGGGAGAAAGGGUGAAUGGUACUCUUCAUGAUAACCUUUACAAUGAUCGAAGUUGUUGCGAUUCUUCGAGUCACCUUUUAACAGGUUUAACUUGAUGUUUAGCCACGCUGUUGGGUUUUCAUAUCUGUGGGGUAAUAUGUCCAUUGUUCUUUGCUGAUAUUCGGAGAUCAGCUUGAAAAACAAUUGUCAUAUGUUUGUAUAACAAUACUAGCAGCUUAGGAAUUCUGCUCCUAAAUUCUUGUCUUUUUGUUUUUAGUCAAUCAUUGGUGAUUUUCAAAAGGAGCAGGACAAAUUUGUCAAUGAAAAAAAUUUAAAGAAAACAGGUAAAUUAUUCAUAGUUAGAAUUUAUAUUUGUGAAGUUUGACUGUUCAAGUUGCAAUCUUCUCACUGAAAUGUACUAAAGGGACACUGUAGACACCCAGACCACUUCAGCUUAUUAAAGUGGUCUGGGUGCAAUGUCCCUUAGCCCUACAGUGGUAAUGAGAAACUGCAGUAAUUACCUCUGAGGGUUAACUCCACCUCUAGUGGCUGUCUACCAGACCGCUACUAGAGGGACUUCCUGAAUUAAAACAGACCUUUUGGUCCAGUAUCUGAUGCUGGACAUCCUCAAGCUCUGCAUUAUCAAAUUAAUUGUAAAAAAAAAAUGGCAAAAUUUAAGUAUGUAUAAUGUCCCUUCUGUCACUAUUGAUUUGUUAAUGGCUCAGGCAGAUAAGAGCAGACUCAUUCUUUUUGAAGCAACAUAUAGGUGAUGUUUUAAAAUAAAAUGUGUAAGUAGGGGACACACCAAAUAUAGUAUACGCCAGUUUGUUAUUCUUUCCCAGGCUUUGCAACUUUCUCUGGCUCUGCACACACCAGACACUGACUUGGUCAGUUAUGAUGCUCUUUUACAGUGUGGGCACAGGAAAAAUUUCUUUGAGUUGUAGUACAAUUUUUACAUGUCCUCUUUUAGAAGAUCAUCACUUAUCUAAAUGGCAUUAUACCGGAGUCACACCAUUGUUGGUCUUUUUGGUCCAUUUCAAUUUAUUGGUGUGUAAAGCAGUUUUUUUUAAAAAACAUGUCAUUGCUAAGGGAGUCUGCUUAAAUGUGGAUUGCGUAUUGUAAUAUUCUUUAUUUGCUUAUUCAGUAUGGCUUUCUGUGAGGAUUGUGGAAACACGAACUUUCAGAGUAGGUAGAUGGGAGGGAAUUAGUAUUGAUUCAUACAUUUUCUACAAAUUUAAUAAAUCUGAUCUUCCUUCUUUUCCAUUCUGGUGGAAAUACCUAGGUAUGUAUAAAAGCAACAAAACGAGAAUCACAGUCCUCCUAAAAUGCAAAUAUCUACUUGCAUAAACAGAUUUCAUGUAUCUUGCUAAUUAUAUUGAGAUUUAAUUGUGCCUGUAUUUAAUCAGUCUUUGUGGUGUCAUGUUAAAAUGAAUGUUUUUGUAAUUAACGAGAAAUUAUAUAUAUGUAUUCUUUAGAGGCAGCAGUACCUCCAUGGGUUGGCUAUAGUGAAGAGGAAACCAUUCAGCAACAAAUCCUGGCCUUGUCAGCAGUAAGAUUAUAUCGUAAAUUAAUUUGACAUUUCAUUUCAUUGAAUUGGAUUUAAAUGCUAGGCCUCAGUAAAUCCCUUUUGCUAUAGUGACGCUGAUUUGCAUCGUAGAGAUUGAGGAUUUAGACAGCUAUCUGACUUUCUUACGCUGCAGUAUACUCUUUGCAAUAACACGUAAAACCCAACAAGAAAGGCAGGUGCCUAUGGCAUAACAUUUUUGGGUUUACAUUUGAUCAUGUAUCCCAUAUUUUGCUUGGAUUAGACUUCCAUUAAAGAAACACUAUAGUGUUAUGAAUGCAAACAUGUAAUUCUGUCGCUAUAGAUAUUUAUGUUCCAAAAUGCAGUGGAGGAGGCAAUGGUUUUAUUUGCCUUACUUCGCCCAGAGUGCUGAUCUCUGUGUGCUAAACCACUUCUGCUGGAUUAAAUAAUCAGUCCUGAUGAUCUCAGACAGUCCAGUGCUUCCCUGUUGGGAGACUAGUACGCAUGCAUGGCAAAUUGCCAGAAUGCGGCAAUCAGCAUCUCCUCAUGGAGAUGCAUUGAGUCAGUGCUUCUCUAUGGGGACUGUUCAGUGUUAAGCGGUAGUGGUUCUGGUGCCUAUAGUGUUUGAGUUAAUGUAUUGGAUAAUAACGGGGAUUGAGCUUAUUUUUUUGUUUGUUUGUUUUGUUUUUAUGUGCAGACAUAAACAGCAUACAUUAGGGAGACAAGAUACCAUUUGCAUAGCUCCUUCAAUGCAUAUCAAAUUAUCAAUAUUACAGUUUUUAAAGGGACACUAUAGUCAAAAGAACAACUACAGCUUAAUGUAGUUGUUUUGGUGAGUGUAGUCAGUCCCUGUAGUAUUUGCAUUGCUCCCCAAGCCAGUCACUCGGACAUUGCCAAAAGAGGUGCUUCCUGACGUUCAGCAUCUUCACGCUCUACAUGGAAACGCUGAACUUUCUCAUUCGAGAUGCAUUGAUUUAAUGCAUCUCUGUGAGAAGCUGCUGAUUGGCUAGAGUGGCAUUUGGCUCCACCACUGUGCCCGCCUCCUUGGCUGAAAUCAUCUUUUCUAUGGCAUUAUGAUUGGCUGAGAUCAUUUCUGAUAAUGUCAGCCAAGGAUACAGGUUGGGGACAGGACCAGCACUGGCAGACACACACGGCAGUGGAAUAAAGUAUGUUUUAACAAUUUUUAAGAAAGGGGAGGGGGGUUCAAGGGCCUCAACUGCAUUUUUAACACUACAUAGUCAGGAAUAUAAGUUUGUAUUCCUGACCCUACAGUGUUCCAUUAAACUGUCAUGGUAUUUAAAGGGACACUCUAUGCACCAUAACCAAUUCUUAUAAGUGAUGUUAUAAUGUGUCCCUGCAGUCUCUGCUUUUAAUUCAGUCUCUGUUUUAUCCAGGUAGCUCCACCUGUCAAUCAUUGAUCCAUAAAUUGCAUUUGAAUUUACUAUCAGCAUGCAUUGUGUGCUGACUAGGUAGCUGAUUAACUACUUCUCUUUGUUAUUUUCCGUUGCUAAUUUUUUUUAUUUUGUUUUUAAUAAAAAAAAUAAAAAUAAAAGAGGAAUUUGUGAGGGUAACUCACAGAAAAUAAUUGGUUAUGGUAUAGACAGAUUAUUUAACAGUCCCGUGUUUUUGUUUUAAAGGACCGUCGAAACUUUCUCAGAGACCCACCUGCUGGCGUCCAUUUUAAUUUUGAUUUUGAACAGAUGUACCCUGUUGCUCUUGUUAUGUUGCAAGAGGAUGAGCUCCUUAAUCGAAUGAGAUUUGACCUUGUUCCAAAAUUGUGAGUUUUUAACUAUUGUAUUUUAUGGCUCAUGAUGUGUUACAUUUUACCCAACAUACUGUUUAAUUUUAAUUGAAAAUUUAAUUUGUACACUUUUUUAAAAACAUUUUUUUUAAAUGUAUUUAUUGAUAUGCGAUCUGCAUGAUUUCCAUUCCAAGGUCAAAUUAUUUAUUAUACCAGGAAAUCUGACAAGCAAUGCUUAUACAAUUGACAGUUACAGUGUAGUUUUAAUAUUUCCAUUUCUGGUAUAAUUCUAUCAAAUCAGCCAGUUUUUAAAUAUCCUAUAUAAAAUGAAAUGUCUCACAUAUUUAAAGGAGUAUACAGAAAAUAACGACAGAUGCAUUUUUUUUUUUUAUGUGUGAUGGUGGCAUGAAACUUCAUUGGUCCUCGAUAUCAACUAGAGAUGAUUUACAUGCAUAUAAAUCUGCAUCAGCCUAAUACAUUUUAAAAUAAUUAUCCUUAUUUGCUUUAUUAUUAUUAUUUUUUUGUUACUUAAAUUUUUUUAUGUAAAGAUAGUUAUAGAUGUGUGUGUAUUAUAGCAGACACAUAUUAUCUAUACAUUUUAGGGUAAAAGAAGAUGUCUUCUGGAGGAACUAUUUUUAUAGAGUUUCUCUGAUUAAGCAGUCUGCUCAGCUGACAGCUCUUGCAGCCCAGCAAUCUGCAGGAAAGUCUGACAAAACCAAUGGACGGCAGAAUGAAGCUGAUUUGGAAGGUACAUAUGAUAUUGCAUCUUCUCCAUGUGCCCUAUAGCAAAUGGUUUUAAUAAUCACAUUUAGUGUUUAUGAACUAGUCAUAUAUGUCUCUGUUAACAGUGUAAUAUUAUUAUACUAAACUGUAAUAGUCAUAAACCAUCUACGAGCCUCUGUGUGCUUUAUUCGUUGGCACGGAGGAGUGUGCUUUAAAAUGGAUGCAAAGAUUUUUCACAUUCUCGUAGCGUUGGUGCUCGCUAAAGUGAGUCUCACUCAACAGUAUAACAGAAGAUGUCACACACAUUCGGUGGAACCCUAUAGUAUUAUAACCGAACCCAGUCCAAAUGGUAAUGACUGAGGCGACACCCACAUGACUGAACUUACCCUAUGAAAGUGUUAUAAUAUGAGAGCAUCGCAACCUUUCCCUCCCCCUCUCCCAGUUUACACUCCUCUUCCCCCCCAACAAAAUAAGGGCUUCUGUUAUCUAGGCAAGAACCGAAACCUGAGAUAACCGGUAGUGAAACUAGUUUUAUUUCCACAGUAUACGUAUUAACGUAAGGCAUUACUAACUGAUAAAAACCUGUUCACCCCAUAUGUCUGCGGCGGACAAUGGCUCAGAGCUACACCCUGGAACUCACCAUACAUAUAUAGGGGUCCUCUCCCACACUACCCCAGCAUUCCAUGAAGUAAACCGCGCUUACCAGGUACCAUGCUUGACCUACCUGACCAUCUUUCACAGUAGCUAUCGAAUGUUUGGUUUAUUGUGGCAAUGUGCCAUUGCCAUACUGUAGUACUGUUCAAAUGCUUAUAUGGCUGGUUAUUUCUUCAUUUCUACUGUACUUAUACCUCAUGUGAUUACAGUGCACUGUUUGUUAUUGUGCAAUGUCAUGUCUUUUCAUCUCAAAUAAAAAUGAAACAUUAAAAAAAAAAAAAAGGAUUUUUCAAAUUCACAUAAAAUAAAGGUAUACUCCAAUUAUUGUAACAUUCUGCUUUUUAAAGUGGUCCUGGUGGUAGGAGCCUAUAUUUACAGUGUUUCUAUGUAAAACAGAGCACAUACAGAAACACUUGAGCUUUUGUGCUGGUGGCUAGUUGUACACCCAGCACAUGUGAUUUUGGCAGCAGGGAACUCUAUUCUGGAUUCCCUAUAUCAAUUCUGUACAUGUUGCACUGCCAACAGAUGUAAUGUGGUGCUUCACUUGCAGGUAGUCUGCAAGUGAAGUCCCCUCCCCCUCCAUCAUACAUUAGUCAGGCUGACCGCUCUCUGUCUGUACACCCCACCUCCCCUUCACAUGCUUUAGUGUCAGGUUGUCUGCUGUUCCUCUGCACCUCCACCCCUUCACAUAUACUGACAGCUCUCUGUUUUCCCCCUUCUGACAUACUUUUGUUACAAGUUGUCAGCUCUGUCACUUCAUUCAAGGUAUGUUUUAGGUCUUUUCUUACAGGUUUUUAUUUAUUAAAACAGAGGGAAUCAGUAGGGCAUUUUGAAACCAAAAAUAUAAUAUUUUAAAAAGGUUGGAAAAACCUCUUUAUUAGGCUUCACACUACCCAAAUCUGUCUAUAUACUUGUGAUAAAAUUUGUAAAAAUAAAAAAAAAAGCAUAAUAAUGAGUUUGUGUUUAUGGUUUUUGUUUUAGGCAGCACUUGUAUGGUUUUUAUGUCAACAUAUUAUUUGUAUAAGAAUAUUUCAGAUGUAUGUAUGUAUAUAUAUAUGUGUAUAUAUAUAUAUAUAUAUAUAUAUAUAUAUAUAUAUAUAUCUCACAAAACCUACAGCCCUAAUUAAAUUAAUAUAAAUCUAUGGAAAUUUUAUGAAAAACAUUUUCUCACUGAUAAUGGCGUGUUUUGCAGUCUCCACUCCAUUGUACCUGAGGUUUAUUGAAAAUUUGUCAGCAUUUUUUUUUUUUCCAAUGGCGCUAACAUACUCUACUUCAAUCCUGCCUAGAAACUGUACGACCAAAGACUCCACCAGUGGCUAUCAAUUCACAGCUCAAAUCCCAAGAGGUAAUAACAUUUUGUUUUAUUUUCUUUGUUCCCCUAGUACCUUUUUAGUCUUAGCUUUGUUUAUGUGCAUGUUUGCUCUAUUGAUGCUUGUCUGCUUUUGAUGAUUCUUAUUUGGUAACACAGGAUAUCUGUCAAUUUCUCCCAUAUGUUUUCAAAAUACAGUUCUCAAGAACUGCCCCAUUUCUUUAAGUUGUUAUAUUAUGUCUAUUUUAUUUUGUUUUCAGGAGGAGGAGGAGAUUUCCACAAGCCCUGAAGUUUCAGAAUUUGUGAGUGAAGCCUUUGACACGUGCAAUCUUAACCAAGAGGAUCUAAGAAAAGAAAUGGAACAACUUGUUCUUGACAAAAAAGAUGAAGUUGAUGCAGCUGACGGUAAUUUAAUAAAAUUGUUUAAACCUUCAAGAAGUCUUAAUCUACUGUAGGACGAAAUCAUUUACUUAAUGUACUUGCAUCUAAGACUGAGCACAGUAGUGGAGUUAGGAGUGGUGUGUCUGUAAUACAAUACAGUAAAAGUCUUAAAGGGAAACUAUAGUCCCAGGAAAAUAAACUUGUUUUCCUGGCACCAUAUCUUCCCCCUGCAGUGCAGAUGUAGUUAAAAACACCUGUCACUUACCUGGGUCCAGCGCCGCUGUCCCUUGGCCCUGGCUUGGGUCCGCCUGCUCUUCUCGGCGCUCUGCUCGGGUCUGCCUUCUCUCCUUCUAAUGAGCAUGUGUGGUAAUUGCAGCUCUCUCAUUAGGAUUUCCCCAUAGAAUUUCGAUGGGGAUUCCUAUGAGGAUUCCAAUUACGCUGGAAGUCCUUAUGGAUUGCUUGAGGACGUCCAGCAUCAGGUGACCAAAAGUCGCCUAAGAUCCGGAAGACAGCCACUAGAGGAGUUACCCAUAAAAGUAAUUAUGGCAGUUUAUAAAACAAUAAAUAAAAUUUAAAAACUGCAAUAAUUACCUUUGCAGGGUUAAGGGUGCUGGUACACUGCACCUAGACCACUUCAAUGAGCUGAAGUGGUCUAGGUGCCUAUAGAGUCCCUUUAAGGGACAAUCACCAUAGGAAACUGUGAUAGUUCUGCUUGAGAUAUAUUAGAAAAAAAGGCCAGACAGGAGGUGCCCAAGAGACCCAUCUAAGUAUCAAAUCAUUAACAAACCUUUUAUCUGCUUACAUGGGAUGCCGUGGAGAGCACCUUGCAUCAUACCGACUACAGUGUGCUCCUUCACUAUCCUUUCCUGCAUUCAUUUUUGUUCACACCCAUAUAUUUCCCUUAGAAGAGUUUGCAUUUUGCCUUUUUUCUUGUGCGCAACAAUUUUGCAUGGCACCAUGACUCCUUUAUUCACAAACAAGGAGUAAGGCCAUAAUAAGUGGUGGCUGCCAUUUAAUUUUCAGAAUAUAUAGGGAAGUGCUGUGGGUAGUGUUGAAAAUAUUUGCUGCUACUGUUCAAGAUUUUAAGUGUUUGUUUUUUUUUUUUUUGUACAUAGACAAAUUAUAUUGCUCUGUUUUACUGAACGAACAGGAAUCUUCUUGUGACUCUUUUCAUUUUCCUCCAAUUUUAUUUUAAAUAGAAGAAUCUGAAGAUUGGAUUAAGGAAUUGCAGCAAGUCGUUCAGGAAUAUGAAGUUGUGUCAGAUGCUGACAAAAUUAAAGAUGAGAACUGGGACAAAGAGAUUGAGGAACUCUUACAGGAGGAUUGAUACGGAGUCUGAUUUUCUCCCAAACACUUGACUGAAACCAAACCUAUAAUGAUAUUGCUUCUUACGUCAUUCCUUCAAACUCUGCAAAAUUUUCAACUCACUGAAAUAUAGUUUGUGGAUUUGACCUUAUAUUUUUUUUAUUUCUUUUUGUUCCUCCUCCUAACCAACAUUUACAGCUGUAAAGGAUUAUGGCUGACCAAUCUACCAAUUUAAAAAGGAAACAGAAUGCUAAAAACAUUUUGGAAUAUCCUUUCUGUUGUGAUCUUAAAGUUUAAUGAAAUAUAUCGGGCUCUGAUUUCCUCUGUUAAACUCACUCUGUAAGAUACAUAUUUUUGUUUUAUCGGUUAACAUACAUUUCUCCUACUUUUUCUGUAGUCUAUAAAUUACAAAACUCAAAGAUGUGUAGUUUUUAUGGUUUACCAAUGUGUUAAGCACCUAUGUAAUUGUUGGUGCCAAAUUAUAGGGCAUGAUCCUUUUUUAAUAUCAUUUUCACUAUAUAGCAUUCUAUUUUAAUCUUUCCAAAAGUAAUGGUUAUAUUUAAUUAUUAAAUUAUGUGCUGUGGAAUAAGGCCUCUUCUCGCUACAGGGACAUGGAGAUGAUGCAUUAACGUGAAAUAUCAGUCAAAGAAACUGAAUAAUUGCAAUCUGUUAUUUCUGCUUUUUUUUUUUUAUUUUUUAUUUUUUUUUUUCAUUCAUCCAUCUGUCACAACUUUUUAAAGUAGAAUAAAAACAAACACACAACAAUAUUUGACUGCCUUUAAAGAAACAAUAACAGCACCCUAACCACUAGAGCGUGCGGUAGUCAUUAUGGUGCCAGGAGGGUUUAUUGGUUCAGAGGAUCAGCUGAUGCUGGCAGCCAAUACUGCUGGGCCUAACUUAAGAGAACAGAUAGAAGCACCUGAGCUGUAAUGGUGGUGGGAGAGGCACCUAGCUGUCCCAUGGUAGGAAGUCAGACCUUUGUAAAAGCAUGUUGUAGUGGUUAUGGUACUUCUGUUGUUCCUUAUCCAUUCUCCCCAGUUAAUGCUAUUGAAGUGCUGCAGCUGAUGUCAAUUAAAAAAAUAGUAAUGAUAAUAAUAUAGUCUUUGCAGCAUUUCUAUUUCCCAAGGUUUCAUCAUUAGCCCAAGAUGCUACUGGCCUGCUUGUGCAUAUUGGUGAACUUGCACAUUGCAACUGUUUAAAUGAUUUGUAUGGUAUGCCAGUACAGCCAGGCCUAAAGUGUUCGUUAAAAAGAAAAACAUUGCAUAAUUUAAAAAUAAAAUAAAAUGGUAAAACACAGAAAUUUUAUUUUGUUUGUUUGCUGUUUUUUUUUUUUUUUUAUAUUGUGCCAAUAACCAGAAUGGGACUGUUCAACUUUGAAAUAUUACUUAUCUUUUCUUUUCUUUUUUUUUUGUCUACAUUUUAUAUUUUUGUUAUGAGAUUUUUUUUUUUUCUUCAAAUUACCUGCAAGAUGCCAGCCCUUAAAAUGAUGGCAGUAUGUAGACACAUUUAUUAGGAAUGCAAAUAAGCUAACAAGGACAGCAGUCAUAAUAAGGGCACUUUAAUGUGUGUAUUUUCUAAAAAGUGUAAAGAUCUGAGCUAUGGAAAAUGACCUCUGAAAAUGAAAGGUGUUCAUAUUUGGCAUCAUCACCCUAAGCAUGAUGCUAAACAUUCUUAAUGCUUACCAUAGUGAAUUGUUGGAUUCAUUGUUUCUCUAUGAAAAGUGUCUGAUUUGAGG